AUGUGCGAUUUGGAAGGCAAUUUUGAGCCAUUAACACGUACCCGGUCUAAUACGUGGCCCAUGCCAGAACCUCACGGUUACGUAGAUAGACCUUUGAUCGAUGGUGUAACGGUGACUAGUAGCAAUGAAUCAAUGAAAAUUAAUAUUAAAACUCAAAAUAAUCAUGUGACUCAGAUUACAGAGUUUCCAUCGAUUAAAAAAAAGUCAUCAAGGCAAAAUGCCUGGGGCAAUCUUAGCUAUGCAGAACUCAUUACAUUGGCUAUUAGUAGUGUCAAAGACAAAAGAUUAACCCUAUCUCAAAUAUAUGGUUGGAUGGUGAACAAUGUACCCUUUUUUAAGGAUAAAGGUGAUAAUAAUAGUAGUGCUGGGUGGAAGAAUUCUGUGCGUCAUAACCUCUCCUUACAUAAUCGUUUUAUUCGAGUACCCAAUGAGGGCGUAGGGAAAAGUUCGUGGUGGAUGAUUAAUCCAAAUGCAAAAUUAGAAAAAUCGACUAGACGCAGAGCUACCUCGAUGGAAGUAGGUAAAUAUGAAAGAAAACAAGCAGAACCAAAUCAAAACAACGAAUCCAAUAUUGAUUCAGCAAGUGGAGCCAACUCCAAUACAACACAAUGA